AUGGGCGGUUAUUUCUCUAGUCUUAAAGCUGGCACGCGCCAGAUUGCCCACGAGAUAGAUUGCGAUCUUGACGAUCCCGAGAGAACGGUGCAAUCCGUGAUUGACUACCCAGGCCUGGAUAGGUUUCAGUGGAAAGUUUGGUGGGUUGCUGCGUCGGGCUUUUUCACGGCAUCUUACAGCCUCUUUGCUGUAAACGUCAUCAGUCCAUCCUUAAGUUAUGUAUACUGUAAACCCGGCGUGUCAAGCAACUCACUAGUCAUCAACCUGACUACAUUAACUGGGACGAUGGUCGGCAUGCUUCUAUUCGGAUACUUAGCUGAUAGAUAUGGCCGGAAGGCUGUCUAUGGCUUAGAGUUAAGUAUCGUGGUAGUUGCUACAGUGGGGAUGACAACAGCAUCUUCAGGCCAUAGAAACUCGAUGAAUGUCUAUGGUUGGAUUGGUUUCUGGCGUACUAUGUUAGGUAUAGGGCUCGGCGCAGAGUACCCGCUCUCAGCUAUAAUUGCGUCGGAGUGGUCCUCUACUAGGUCUCGAGGCAAAAUGAUAGCGGCGGUAUUCCUGAUGCAGUCUCUGGGACAACUGGCUGCUUACGCCUUUGGCUUAGCUAUCCUUAAGGGGCUUAGUGACUAUCACGGUUUGUCCCCAAAUGAAACUAACUACGAGGUCGCAUCGCCUAUCAUAGACAUCGUAUGGAGAACGACAAUUGGGAUUGGGGCAUUCCCAGCUCUUGUCUCUCUCAUAUUAAGACGAAUAAUUCCUGAAACGCCCCAAUAUCUAGUGGCCAAAGGAGAGCUUGUAGGAGCCGUCAAAGCUGUUCGCCAUGUUAUUCCAGUAAACCCGACUCUUCAGCCCAUGGACCAAACCGGGCUUCCGGCUCCUCGACGCUCGAUAGACACCCCUCUACCAGAUUUUGGAAACCGACGGACUAGUUGGUGGACAUCAGUAGCAAAAUAUAUGUACGAAGUCAAAGAGCACCUUGCUGAGAAGAGGCGCUGGCGUGCGCUUCUAGGAGUCAUGAUAACUUGGUAUCUUUUGGACUUGGCGUAUUAUGGGCUUGGCCUUGAUAACCCUAAAAUGAUUUCUACGAUCUGGCUUUCGACGCCGCCGGUACGGUCGAACGUUUCUACAUCACCGGUGGAACUUGAAUGCAACAAUGCGGCAUGGCGAGCAGACCCAUCCCAACCAAAUAUCACGAUAUAUGAAAUGCUUCGACAAGACAGCAUACGAGAUAUUGUAACCAUCUCAAGCGGAGCACUACCCGGAAGUAUUAUCAUUUUACUUGCUAUCGACUACAUCCCUAGGACUACAUGGAUGGGCUGGAUGUUUGUCGCACUCGCCGUACUUUUUGCCAUCAAUGGUGGAACGUUCUUCGUCACUUUCGAGUCGGAUAAACAUGCGCUCACGGUGAUAUUAUACGUACUUGCACAGGUUAUCUUCAACCUUGGGCCGAAUACUAUUACGUUCAUGCUACCGGCGGAGCUCUUUGCAACAAAGUACAGGGGCACAUUCUACGGUCUUGCAGCAGCUUCGGGGAAACUUGGUGCAAUAACAAUCCUCCUGAUUACUAACCUUGCCGUCUAUGGUGGUGAGUUAUAUAACCAUAAGUUUGCAGCAAUGUUACUAGGAUUCUGUCCCGCAAUGCUCCUGGGCGCUUUUGUUACGUGGGUUUGGAUCCCCGAAGUUCAAUAUCCUCGAGGGUAUGAUAGUAAACCAGAACGUGACGACAAUGCCUCUGAUGAUGGACUCGACAUAGAGAACGAUACAUUUAGGCAAAAGCUCAAGCUAGCAAACAGACCAUUGCUAGACAUCGCUCAAAACCCGGGAGAUGGCCAGAUAUUAGAAUCUACAUCAAAUACCACAAAUCCAUCAAGCAAUAUUAGCCUCCGCGCCCCGUCUAAGUACCUUGCAGACCCUUCCAAUCCAUCAACUACCACUGGCGACUCAUUCGUUUCUCCGCCGCUCGAAUGGCUCUGGCGCACCUGGGCCGUCACCCACUCGACAUUGUCGAUGUGGCGCUCAGCCCGUAACGUGCGCAUAACCUACAAGCCGUAUAAGCCCGAGUCUAAACCUGUUGCAAACGACAACCUAGUCGAAUAUGAGAAGAGCAAUGGCAAGGGAGGUGUGAAGCGUGUCGAAGGCAUUGAGAAGCCUGACUCUACUAUUCCCGGAGCCUGGACCUGGCGGGGAAAGGGCUUGCUCGUUAUAGCUAGCAGCCAUUGGGAGAUAUUGGGCUGGGGCGAGCGCCCAUUGGCCAGUGGUGCAGAUGAGACGGGAGAAGAUAUCGAGCGCUGGGCUGUGACCUGGUUUGCGCCUACUUUAUUCACGCAGGAGGGCGUAGAUAUUUACAGUGAUCGCAAGGAGGGUCUAAGCAAGGAGACGGUGGAAGAGAUCAUCAAGGCGUUGAAGGAACUUAACGAUGCGCCAAAGGUUAUCGAGCUGGUCGAGAAGCACAUGCAAGAGGUUGAAAUUAGCUUACCGUGGAAAGAAGGAAAGAAAUAG